CUGAAAGAAGCGGAACCUUUUAUGUAGGAAUGCUGUUUCCCGUCGGACAGCAUUAGUUGUCGGUCCACAACUUGAGACUAGAGAAGAUGGCGGUGAAUGUUAUGCUGGUUUCCUCCGUGGACUACAAUCUGUCUAAAGCGGAGAUUCUGAGAGCGAUCGUCGCCGAUAAACUGACCGCCGCCGCGCAGGAGAUCUUAGCGGUGGUCGAGAGAACUCUGGCCGGAUACGAGGAGGAGACCUCCGGCCUGAGGGAGGAGAACGAGCGGCAGAGGAGGCUGCUGGAGCUUCUCCUGCAGCCUCGGGUCACUCUAUGCAGGACAGAUGAACCUGCGUGUGAAGAAGAGGAGGAGUCAUCUAGACAAUGGCAACCAAGGCCCAAGGAGGAAGAGGAAGAGCAGCAGACAUCCGUUCAUACAAUGACAGCUGACACCAUCAGUCCCCUACAGGAUGUGGAGGAGGAGGGGAGCCCGGACGCCUGCCACCCCACCGAGGAAGAGGAGGGUGAAGAGUGUGCCGAGGAGGUGGCACAGAGCCCCGGUCUGGAUCAGGAUGUGGCACAGAGCACCGGUCUCGACCAGGAGGCGGCACAGAGCCCCGGUCUGGACCAGGAGGCGGCACAGAGCCCCGGUCUGGAUCAGGAGGCGGCACAGAGCCCCGGUCUGGAUCAGAAGGCGGCACAGAGCCCCGGUCUGGAUCAGAAGGCGGCACAGAGCCCCGGUCUGGACCACAAGGCUCUGACGGAACCGGGGAAACACUUACCAGACACAAGGCUCAGAGGUGGGACUCAGAAGAGGAGACUCAGGAAGGCUCUGACCCUGCGAGUCUGUCUGUUAAAGGACUCUCAGACCAAGACGCUCCUGAAAGGAGUGCUAAAGUCUCCGAUGAAGCAUCUGCGGGUCCCCCGAGGCCUGCAGGAAGCAGACUUCCUGGACCUGCUGAGGUCCACCUUCCCUCAGCUGAUUGGCCCGUUUGACGCCUUCACCACCGACGCCACCAGGAAACUGACGCCGCUGGCGGCCCGGGCGCUGACGCCAGAGGAGAUCAGGAGGUCCAUCAGGUCCACGGGGAAAGGAAGGUCGGCCCUGUACGUCCGAGUGAAGGCAGCGAAGACAUCCCUGACAAGCACGGAGCAACUUCCUGUCCCUCAGCAGAGAGAACAGGAAGCCGCCGGGGACACAGGAAGUGAUGUAAACAGGGAAGGUUACGGCAGUUCCGACACCAGUCCUGUAGGGAGAGAGGAGAGCGACGAGGCGGCCGGUCCGUCCCGCAGGUCUAGGCGGCAAAAACAGACGGAAACUGAGGAACAACGGCGAGCCGGGACAUCAGAAGAAGACGACGCCGCUGCCCUUUCUUCUUCUGAACGAGACGAUGACGAUGAUGAUGAUGAUGGCGAGUGGAAACCAGGCGAGCGUGACCAUGAGGAGGAGGAGCCGCCAAAGGAGAGCCAAGCUGCCGAGAGGAGAGCGAGGCGGAAGGCGCCCGGAGUCAAAAGGAAGAAGAGGGAACCGAGCCGCGGCGGCGCUCCCGUGUCGUGCAAAGUGUGCCACGCCCUGCGCGGGUCGACCAGCAUGCUGAUCAAACACGCCGUGAGUCACGCGGACGAGCCGGGGGGGCUCUGCGGCGUGUGCGGGCGCCGUUGGGAGUCCGCGGAGGAGCUGAGGAGUCACCUGCACGGUCACCAGGAGACGCACGGCUGCAACGUCUGCGGGAAGGCCUUCCUCUCCGCCGUCACUCUCCGCCGGCACGCCGCGCUGCACGCGGGCGAGCGGCCGCACGAGUGCGACAUCUGCGGCAAGGCGUACACGCUCAAAUCCAGCCUGAGCGCGCACCGCUUCCAGCACAUGGAGGAGAAACCGCACAAGUGCGACGUCUGCGGCCAGUCGUUCGGCUCCAAGUCCCUUCUGAGGGUCCACGCCGCCAAGCACACGGGGGAGAAGCCGUUCCGCUGCGACGUGUGCGGCCGAUCGGUCAGCCACUUCCGAGCGCUCUCGCUGCACAAGAUGGCGCACGCCGGCGAUCGGCGCUACGGUUGCCCGGAUUGCGGGAAGCGCUUUUUGACUCCCGGGAAAAUGAGAGACCACGCGAAGAUCCACACGGAGCGAGCCCGGAGCCACCUCUGCGACGUUUGCUGCAAAGCGUUCCACACGGGAGCCGAGUUGCGGGUCCACAUGAAGACGCACGGCGAGGAGAAGACGGUGUGCGGCGAGUGCGGUAAAGGGUUGUCGUCUCUCGGCGCCCUGACGAGACACAUGCGGAUCCACACGGGGGAGAGACCGUACAAGUGCUCCGAGUGCGGGCGGACCUUCAAGUCCAUGUCCACGCUCAGGGGUCACGAGAAAACGCACUCUGGCGCCAAGCCGUUUGUCUGCGCCUUUUGCGGCAAAGCGUGCGCUCGCAAAGAGUACCUGAACGUCCACAUGAGGACGCACAACGGGGAGAGACCGUACAAGUGCACGCUCUGCGACCGGGCCUUCACGCAGAGCCACUGUCUGAAAACGCACAUGAUGAAGAGCCACCAGGGCGAAGAGGAGAGAGCCGCGGACGCGCUCGAGUCCUGAAGCCGUUUGAUUACAUUUUGUUUUGUAUUAAAGAGGAAUUACAGCUUUUCAACCUGGACUGUAUUUUCACGGGUUUUUUGUGUCUCAGUGACUGAACAAGAAUCUUUGAAAUUCCAAGUCCAGUACUGAGUGAGAACCCUGCCGGACAAAUGUUCCCUUUCGUCAGUUUCCGUCCCCUAAAAGUUGUGUUUUUGCCGCUGACAGACUCACAUUAUUAUUCUAAGUGUCUGACAACAUUAUGGAAA